AUGACUCCACGAGAUCACAUGAGAAAAAUGUCUAUCCUGGGAGAACAAGGAACACUAGAAGAAAAGCACUUAUACCGAUUAGCAAGUGGCAUGGCCGCAGGAGAACUGCGGCAGCGGCAAGAGAUGCUAAUGAGAAAUCAGUUGAUGGCAGUAAACCCUCAGCUAAUGGGCACAGGCCAGCAGAGAAUGCAGGCGAUUCCCUCCCAGUUUGAGCCUCGACUGGUAGACAGAGAUCUGUUACCUUCAGCUGAAGUGAUGGCAUCAGCUGACCCAAGACAAAUCCAUAUAGCGUCCCACCUUGGACCCACAGUCCCACAGCAUGCAAACAUGCCGAACAUAUUGUCCAACCGUGUUUACCCAGGCCCAGGAUAUAGCUUUCUGCAACCAGAAUCCAUGGAAGCUGUGGCCAGAAGACAGGAAUUGGUUCAAAAGCAAAACAUUGCCAGAAUGGAAAUGGAGAUGAGUGCUAUUUUUCAGCAAAAAGAAAUGGAGAAAGCUCAUCGGAAAGGGCUACUGGGCCUGGAAGCACCCUUCCUUUACCAUGGGAUGCCAGCUAGUCCCAUUGCUUUCCGUGGCAGGCACAGACUACCUGAAGGCCAUCUUCCCAGCGACUUAUAUGUUCAUCGUACCACCCUCGAUGAAAUUCAUGGCAACGCUAUGCUCAUGGCAACCAGCCCAUACCCUCCAGUCAGCACUUUGCAAAGGGAGAGGGGACGUCGACCUGGGAGAAGAGCUGGAAAUCACAAAACUGCAGAGUGUAGUGCCAAUGGCACAAAGAACCAAGCUGAUGACAAAACUACGGACCCCGCUUCAGCUGCAGCAGACGAUGAGAAAGAAGACAAGAAAGAAGCAGAGGUGGAGACACCAAACAAACAUGAACAAAGCAAAAACCAGACUGAGCCAUGUGCAGUUGCCAAAAACUGUAAAGAGUUUGAACAAGGCUUGAGAAAAAACUGUGCUACUCAUGAAAUUUCUGCUGAAACCAACAGCUGCAGCAACACAAAUGAGAAGGAACCUAAUAGCUCCUGUGCUGCUUUUGAUGACAAGUACAUGUACCCUUCUGCAAUCCCAUUCUCAGCGUUACCAUAUGGAUUUCCAGUACCCAGCAACCCAUUGCUACCUUCAGGAGCACAUGGCCUGAUACUGAAUGGAGAAGACAUUUCUUCCAUUGAAGACAUUCGCAAGUGGACGGUUGAUGAUGUAUACAACUUCAUCGUUAGCCUCCCAGGCUGUUCAGAUUAUGCCCAGAUAUUUAAAGACCACGCUAUUGAUGGAGAAACCCUCCCACUGCUAACAGAGGAACAUCUCCUGGAUACAAUGGGAUUAAAACUUGGACCAGCAUUAAAAAUCCGCUCUCAGGUGUCUCGACGUCUGGGCAAUGUGUUCUACAUGAUGAACCUUCCUCUGCCCGUGCCCCUGCCACCUGCUCCAGGCAAACCCUCAGAUCAGCCCUCUGACAUAGCCUCCCCUCUUCACUGCAAUAGCAGUGGCGAUAUGCUGGAUAGUCCCUGCUCUCAGGACCCAGAAACUUCAAAAGCAGUGGAACAGAUCGUUUCAGAAAGCAGGGAAAAUCCGUGUGACACAGCUGGAUCUCAGGCUGACUUCCAGAUGAUCACUUUUCAGAAAAGUUGA